AUGACGAGACACCGUAGCAGAUCGCGUAAUUAUAGACGUUCACGUAGUACAAGAAGACGUUCACAUAAUCAUAAUAAUGCAGUGGGUGCGACAAACGUAAGCGUACAUCACAUAACCGUACUGGCAGAUGCUUUGAAAGCAACCUUAGCCGAGCAGUUGCCUCCUCUAACUUGGAGAAUAAAUUGUCAAUUGGCUCAUGGUUCACCUACGGUUGUCAUAAGGGAUUAUCAGAGCGUUCCGGAGCUAUAUAAGAAAAUCGCUCAAGCUUUUGAUAUUUCUUCGGAUGAUAUUAUAUUCUGCACGGUCAACACGUUCAAGCCUGAUAUGGAACAUCUUUUUACUAGCUGUAUCAUGAACGAUGAUUUUCUUUAUGUUCAUGUGGCGGGGCAAGCUUGCGAACUUGAAGUUGAAAAGACACAAAACUCGUUAGGCAUGACAAUUGCUGAAAAUGCCGUUUCUCGAUGUUUCAUCAAAACUAUCGCUGAAAGCAGCGUCCUGGACAAGCUUAGACCGAAUAUCUCUAUUGGACAACUGAUUCAAAAGAUAAACGGAGUUGAUGUUAUCGGAUUGAGGCAUUACGAAAUAACUCGCAUGUUGCGUCUUAUCCCCGUAGGCACUAAUUUUACCAUUACUCUGGUUUCACCCUUACAAUAUCACAUGGGAGUGCUACAACCCCGAUCAGCGAUCAAGAAAAUGAAAGAACCGGAAGAUGGAACACAAUCUAUCAGAAUGAAGCCUGAUGGUGGGGUAGUGAUAGAGGAAGUAGGGAAAAAUGAUCUAUGGAUAGCAAAAAUGAAUGAGCUUCUUGAAGCACAUCUGGGUAUUCAUGAUGAUCAGUUAGCUAUGGCUAUAUUGGAACUGGCCAAGAAGAGUAACGAGAUUACCGAUCUUUCUGACAAAGUCAAUGAGAGCGACUUAGCCCCAUUGAACUUCCCAAAAAGCUUUCUGAACAAUGUGUGGACCUUAUACAAUGAACACAAACCAUCCAACAAAGGAAUAUCUACUUGA